UAUUUGUUAUUAUAUUUUGAUCCGAAAGCGAUGGCAUCUUUGAGAUAUGUGGCUGGUCAAUCUAAAAUCGACGCAUUGUGGAAGCAAGUUUUGGACACUUUCAAAUGGACACAGGCUGGAACAGUGCACUAUGAUGAGGAGAAAUUUGCUUCUAUGAAACGUCAAGUGGAUAAUCUCACAGCAGAAGACAUUUCUCUUGAAGACUCAUUGGCAGAAAUGAGGUUGCAUGAAGGCUUCAAGAAUGAGGAGGCCGUAGGAAGCAUUCAGAUCUGCAACAGUGAUGUCGCCACUAUGCAAGUGUUUGUCUUACACAAAGAUCAACACAUGCCGAUUCAUGACCACCCCAACAUGAUCGGCAUCCUUAAAGUGAUAAAAGGAUGUGUUCGAGUAAAUAGCUACACUCUGAUAGGGAAUGGGUCUCAGAAACCUGGAUGUGCAAUAGUUACCACGAAAAAGCAGACUGUGGAGGUGUGUAAGGGGGAUCCUGCGUGCGUCCUUACGCCCAGUGAGCGCAACUACCAUUCAAUUGUUGCGUUGAAUGGAGAAGCUGCUUUUCUUGAUGUUUUAUCUCCCCCUUACUUCACAAACAUGCCUGGGCAUGAACUAAACGUGUGUAAUUACUACAAAGAAGUUAAUGAAACUGAAGGGUUCAAUGGCGGCGAUGUUGUUCGGCUUCAGACAAUACCUCCUCCUGAAGAUUAUUGGACCGUUAAAGGUAACUACAGAGGCCCAGAAGUGCAGCGGUUUAGUCCAUCUCAUAGGAAUUCUCUCCAAUAAUUAUUAGUUGUUACAGAAUGUUCGUAGCUCGUUGAAGUUGAAGAUGACUGUCUGGGCAAUAUGAUUUUUAUGUUUCUGUACUCACACAAACUGAUAAAAAAAUUCCCAGCCUUUAGUUGCAGUGUAUUACUAAGCUAAUUAGAUUUUAGCUUCAUAAUGUGGUAAUCAAACCAACAAAAUUAAGAUUUUAAACUUUGAAAUGAAGCACCAUCUCUGUAUGUUCUUUACAUCACGUACUAGUAGACUAAGUUAUUGUGUAUUCUAGCAAUACAAGUGAUAUUGGCUAUAAUGUUUAACAUGUGCGUGUCUUGUUGACUAUUGCGUAUUGUAGUUUAGCUCUGAAGCCCUUACCUUUUUUUAUGAACAGAAAAAAAUUCUAAUCUUUAACUAAUUGUCAAACAGUAUUCAAUUUAUUGUGUCCUACUUUUUAGUUUAAUAAAAAAAUCUUUAAAUACAGUA